AUGCCGCCACCACUGGGCGCGCGCUCCGGAGGAGCCGCCCGGCCCGGCCCGGCCCCGCGAGGCGCAAACUGCGUCCCCGCCCCUCAGUCAAGACUCUCGCCGACCAGCCCGCUGCUCCCAAGCGAGCUCGCCAGGACCCGGCGGGCGGGAGCGGGGAAGUGGCGCCCGCGCCGCGCCGCGCCGCCCCGCCCUCAAGGCCUCGGGAGCGUCCAGUCCAGACUCUGGCAGCUACGGCCGCCGCCAGACCGCUCCCAUGUCGCCGCCGGCCGCCUUGCACUCCCACAAGCCCGCACCCCUCACACGCACUCUCGCGCCGGGGCCCUACCCGGCCGCGCGCCGUCGCUACCCACAAGCCCCUCCGCCCGGGGCCGCCUGCCUCCAGGCCCCGCCCCCGCCGCGCGCCCCCGCGGCCAGGCCCCGCCCCUUCGGCCGCUGGCCCCGCCCCGCCGCGGGGUUGCGCUC